AUGACCCUCCCAUUCACCAUCCCCGAGCCAGGCACACAACGCAACCCUGAUGCCCUGGUCUUCACACAUACCACCAAGGCCCAGGAACGCAGGAGGGCAGGGCAGAGACCCGUACCGCUGGAGAUACUGCCGGUCCUGAAGAAGUACCAGGACCACAAGCAGCCAGAGUUCAUCCACAGGCAGAACCGGGAGAGGCUGCUCCAGUCGGGCUGGAAGCCUCCGUCGCCCUCCCUUGCUGGGGUAGAGUGGAUGGACAAGGCCCCUGACAGACAGAGCUCCACCCUUCACCUCCCUGAGCUGCCUGACCACGUCAAGGAGAAACAGGCUCAGAUGACCCAGAGUACCCUGUGUUCCCCCUCUCCCCCCAAACGCCCUCGCUCCUCCAAGUCCGCAAAGCCCUCCCCCACCGGAGCCUUCCUCCAGUCCCCCUCCCCUCUCCCAGCCAGUCACCCCGUCAUCUUCAGCUCUGCAGAGGAUGUGAUCCGUGCCAAAAUACGCUCCCCGCCGGACAUCGUCAGAAUCAUCCGGAACAACCCUCACCUGGGCUUCCUGUACAUGACCUCUGCCGCACCCAAGAGCUCCAUCAAAUAUGAUGCUUAUAACCUCAAGAUAGUGGCGUAUGAGAACAUCAACAAGCAGGACUACUCUACCAUCAGCCAGCAGGGUGUGACCUGCAUCACUGACGCGGAGAUGGACUUCCUGCCAUUAGAGCGCUGGGAGCAUGAGUACCGGUGCCACCGUCGCCUCCUGGCCAUCCCGGCCUUCGCCCUCUUCAGGAGGUGGAAGGCCUUCAGAGUGUGGCGGACCAACGUCCGCUCCAAGAAGAUCAACACGUGCAAGAAGUCCCUACAGGAGCGCCUGUUCAUCGUCAAUGAGUCUCUGCGUCCGGCGUUGCUGAACAUCAGAGAGAUGUGCUACAGGAUCAGUGACAUGGGGCUUUGUCACAUCCUGAAAGAUCACACAUACACUCUGGAGGAGUUCCAGGAGGCUCAGUACAACCAGCUGGAGGAGGAGCUGGUAAAGGAGGUGGCCAGGAGCGCCUGUCACACGGCCAUGUUGGAGGCAGGAUACACACCUGACUAUAACUACAACACAGAGGGAACACCUGAGAUUGAGCUGCUGUUUGAAGAGGCUCCAGAGAAGAUGAGUUACACAGAACAGGCCAACAAGAGAUACCACUGUAGACGCCUCACCUGUUUCAUCCGGUUGGCUGACUACCUGAUGGUGAACACCAUGCACAUCCUGGCUGUGAACUCUGUGGCCAAACUACUGUCCGUCCUGCAGGACCAGAUCCAACACACCCCCACACACGCUGUCAUCCACAGCUGGGCCGACACCGAUGCUGCUGGAGACGGAGGUGGAGCCACGGAGGACUCCGACAGGAAGGCUACAGAGCCCACAGUGGAGGCUGUUCAUCUUCUACCCAUGUUUGUGUCGGAGCUGAUGUUGGAGACCCACGCUCUGACCUACGAACCCUCCGUAGACGUCUUCCAGGAGUGUGUGUCAGAGAUCAUCUCUAGGUUCCAGGAGACGGUGUUGUCAUUAGUUGUGUUGGUGACUGACUCCUACUUUGAUGCCUUCACUCAGCCCAUGAUCAACAGCAAGGUAGAGGAGAAGACGUGUGGUGACGGUCCUGGUCUGGAGGCCAUGUUAGAGGAUGAUAAACACCUUCUGAACAUCAUCCUCGACAUCAAGCAAUCGCUCCAGUUUGCGUUUGACUCGGCCAGCGUUUACGCGCGCACCUUUGAGAGCUUCCGCGUCUUCUACAGAGAGAAUGAGAGUCUGGACCUGGACGCGCUCAGAGAUCAGGAUCACGGAGUGGCGUUCUUCGCUGAGAGUCUGAAGAAGUACCACAGCGAACAUAAAGAGGCCCUGGCCAUCAAACAGAAGAGGCACCUGGGCCUGCUGCUGGUAGACACCACUCUGCUUAAAGGGAAGCUCCUCCCCUCACCACUACGCUGUCUGGAGGCCAUCAAUGACAUGCUCCCCCUGCUGGCCAAGAGAAAGAUUGACGCCAUCAUCGCUGAGGCUCAGGAUGCCCAGUUCAAACUGGAGUUCAUCCCCUCUGCAACUACAGAGUUCGUCAACUCCCUCACCUUCCUAGAGGAGAUACAGGAGCGGACCCAAACCCUCAGUCACCGGGACUCAGACCCAAGGCCGUGGGGACUCAGACCCAGACGUGGGGGACAAGUUCUGUGUCCACCUCCAGGGGACUCAGACCUCAACAAGGAGGUCAAGAGGGACAAACAGCAGGCUCAGGUUGAGGUGACUAAGUACGAGGCGUUAGUGGAGGUGGAGGUGGAGGUGGAGGUGACUAAGUAUGAGGCGUUAGAAGAGAUGAGUGACCCCUCUCUGACCUGA